AUGUCCAAACGUCCGCGAAGUCCCUCUCCUGUUAAGGAGCUGUCAGACGAUGCAGACCACGACUUCUGGAUAUCUGAAAAGAUCGAGGAUCGCGCUUCAAUUUUUCAGGCCUGGUUUUCGCCAACUAUGCCUGCGAAGGAGCUUCAGAAGCUGGAUCAAUUCAAGGACGCUUCUCAUCGCAUUCUAGCUUGGAGGAGUCCCUCGUCGCAAAGAACUUUAGUUGGCAAUGUACGGACUCUGGAGACUGGGACAGACGACGAUGGAGAGCGCUAUGGAGGUCGACAUGUCUUGAAAGUCAUUGAGGAGAUGCGAGUGGAGGGCGCCAUUGUUGUUGCAAGAUGGUACGGUGGAGUCAUGCUCGGCCCCGCGCGAUUUGCCCACAUUGAGAACUCUGCGAGGGACGCGAUUCGAGCUUGGCGACAAAAGGAAGACAGCGAAGGGCAGAAGCGCCGGCGAAUUGAGGACGAAGACAUGGAGAGAGCAAGUCUGAUCGUCGAAUUGACGGAUCGUGAUCAGAACAUUCUGGUAUUGAGAAAGCUGCUAGAGGAGAAGACGAAUCAGAUACAGCCACACUCACAUGCUGAACCAAAGACUUCCUCAAGACCCUCCGUACUGGCACCCGAUUACAAUCUCAUGCCCAUUGAUCGACUCCGACAGUUCGACAAGGCACGAGAUAGUACGGUGGCAUUUCUGCUGAAGAAGAUCGACGAAGCUGAGAAGCAGAUCAGUCUAAGGGAUGCAAAGUCUCCCUCGCCCAUACUGGCUGAACUGCCUGACGCCGUUAUCGCAGAUCAAGCACAUUUGCAGACUUCGGCCGUUCUCCAUGAAACACAGGCUCCAGACACCCCCGGUGAGGUCGAGAAGCCUGUCGUACGAGCACCUCAAAAGCCUUUCGAAGAAGAAGAGUCGAGCGAUGAUGACAGUUCUUCUUGA